UACAGUAUGAGGUUCUUCAAAAAAGGAGUGUACAGAUUUUCAAAGGGUUGGCAACGCGCAUGUAACACCUCUGGAGUUGCAGGCGUCCAUAGGCUACGAUGACUGCUUACCAUCAGGCGGGCCGUAUGCUUGUUUGCCACCGUCGUGGUAUAAAAAAAAAGAAACAAGUUUUGAAAAUGUAUAAAAUUAAAUGCAUGUAUUAAAAUAAAUAUUUUCAGAACUAGAAUUCGGGAUAUCACAAAAAGGAAGGAGGCUUAUCAAAAUUGGCGACUUUAUAUUCUACAGGCAACGUGCUCAAGGGGGAAAGGUCAGAUGGUGGUGUCAGAAGGUCAUGCAUGGGUGCAAGGCGGCCAUUUACACCAUAGAUAAUACUAUAGUGAGACGCGUUGGAGACCAUAAUCAUGUAGCUAACGUUAAAAUUACCAAAAAUCAGCAUGCAUUAUAUUAUAGGUAAUUUUAAUUAUAUGUAUGUAUGUCUAAAUUAUUUUUGCAAAGUUAUGAUAAGAGUAGGUAACCAAUGCGUACUUUUGAAUAUUCACCACGAUAUACUCUACUAGACUAGAUAAUACUUAUUUAUAUUGAACUUAAGAAAGUAGUAGGUUAAGGCUGUAGACGGUGAAGUAUAUUUGGUAUUAAAAUGACUUAAAACAUUGUGUUUUAUUCUUAGGUAAUUCUGUACUAGUUGAAUACCGCAUCCCAUACUUAUUAAAAAUUUGCCUAAUAACGCCAUCUAUUGGCGCAUUUUUGCAACAUGAGACGCUAUCACCUCGAACUCGACAAACCUGUGAAACGGAACGCAAUGCUUAAGAAAAAAAACUAACCUAACGUCAACCUGACAGGUUCUGUUGCGUCACAUACGCAUUUAUUUUUGUGUUUUCUUUUUCCCUCCUAUUUUGUUUAUUAUCAUUACAAUUUAUUCCUAAACUGUAACAUCGGUGGAUGAUAAUGCAAUGCUACUCCGCGUAUAAACUAGCAAAAAAUAUACUUAACCUUGAAGCGAUUGUGUUAACUCAAAUCAACUGUUUACAAUUCCAAGAUACGAAAACAUUACAUUUUUCCUAGUUUCUGCCUUGAUUUUAAAUAAACCCGUGCUAGUUUUCACUCGUUUUAGUUGUCCUUUCUGCGAAUUUCAUUCGCAUAAUUGUUUGAUCGUUCCAGGCGAAGAUUUGGUGCAAUGCGUCCCCACAAGGAAAGGCCACCAGAUUCUCUAUAAAGGUUACACAUAUGUGUUCAAAAGUAGGCUGCAGUGCGGUGCAGAGCAGUGGUGCUGCUCGUACCGGCAGAAAACAGGUUGUAUAUCCGUGAUAAACAUGCAAGUGUGCGGUGUUGAGGUUGUCAGAGAUUUCCACAACCAUAAGAAGCCUAUGUUCUCCGAUAGUAUGUAAAAUAGAUAAAAAAAUGGAUAGUGGACUCAUUUGAUGUAGUGUUGAUAUAUAUAAUCAAGAGAGGCUAGAUUACAAUUUUAAUGCUUUAUAUAUUAUGUGCAUUAUUGUUAUAGGGCUGGGCCUUUUAGGUUUUCAGCUGCUGUACUUUUAUGUAACUAGUUAUGUAUGUGAAAAAUCCUUAAAGCAUAAAUGAGAAUGGAACAUUAUUGCUUUCCAACUUGUGGAAUCUUAAAACCUUUUCUGUGAUAGUAACACACAUGAUCUGUUAAUUACAUAAAAUUAAGGCAGUUGUCAUCAUUUUAUUUACAUGCCUGGUUAAAUGGGUAACACUUCGCAGAUUUUAUUAGUCACAGGUUCAGUUACAUGUGUUUCCUGACGUUGUAUGAAUUGCCCAAUAAGGAAGCAGAGACAUGGCCUUAUUUUGUUACUCUAAUAAAUAAUAAACCAAAGUGACUGGAACAAUAUUACUAAAAAGAGAUGCUCUCCAGAUAGAUUUUCGUACAUUAACCCCCCUGUUGCUAUCUUUAUUGCAUGCACAUAAUUAUAUUGCUGUUAAUCUUGCACAGUGACAUUGACAACCUGCUUAAUGGGCGGUACAGCAAUAUAAUUAUGCGUGUGCAAGAGAGAAGCAACCCUGCCUGUUGCUUCUCAAUGUACGAUAAUCUAUCUAGGAAGUGGAGCUUUAGCUCACACUAUACGAGAGAUGACACACUAUAAAGAUGGUUGACUCUAGGGUAGAUGGCCUUGCCCGAUCGAAAUGAGAUAACAACCCAGAACCCAGAAGAACUGCCUGAAUGGGUGUCAAUAUAUUUUCUGAAGAAGGAUAACAAUGCCCAACGAUGCAACAUAUGCGAGACAGUGGUCCAAGCUUCAGAGAAGUCCCUGGAUCUCCUAGACCAUUUAAAAAGAAGUCAUGCGGAAGUAAUAGAAUUACACAAAAACCCGGAUUCAACAGUGGGGUUUCGCAUAGAGUUCCUUCAGUUAAAUGUUCUCAAUGAAGACGGUGCGGAGAAGACUCAGCCGGUGAUCUUGGGUGAGGUCUGCGAAGGGCCUACAGAGGAGGUUGUUAGCGAAAAGACCAUCACUCUGUCGGACUGUGAACCAACAAAUGUUCAGUAUGUCCUCAUCCCAAGGAAGAGGAAAUAUAAAAGUGAUCAUGAGUCCCGGAAACGCAGCUGGGUGUGGAAAUACUUCGACAAGUUGAGCACCAUCAUCUUCCGCUGUAACAUCUGCAACGUCGUGCUGUCUAUCAAGGGUUGCAACACCAACAAUAUGAACCGCCACGUCCGUACUCGCCAUCCGAACAUCUACCAAGUCGAAGUGGGGGGCAAGGGGGAAGUGGACUCUAUCCUGGACCUUCGAGAAGUGGAGACACCCUACGCUGUGAAGACAGAAGAAAUCACAGACAAGGACUAUGAUGACGGGAGUGUUGUAGAGAGCCCCGACAAGAAGGCCCACCGAAGCUGGGUAUGGUCCUACUUCAAGAAGCUGAGCGGAACUCAGGCCCAGUGCAAACUGUGCAACCGAAACAUUUCUCACGGCGGCAACGCCACCGGCAACAUGAACAGACACAUCAAGAUGAUACACAAGGAGGUUUACACUAAGGUUGCAGACGAAAACAGCUGGGUCUGGAAAGUGUUCGAAAGCGACGAAGACGAGUUCUACUCCUGCAAGAUCUGCCAGUUCAAGUGCACCAAAUACGCCAACAUCGACAAGUCUGUCCUCUGCAUCCUCAAGCAUUUGAAGGCGGACCACGGCGUGGUGUCUGGCGACCAGAUUAUUACUAGUGUGGAUUGUGACACCGAGCAUCAUUGAUUGUGGACUCUCAUAGAAGUGACGUAAGGUUGAUUUUGUGACGGAAAUUAUCUGGACGCCUUGACUGCAAGUAUGAUUUUAGAUUCUUUUGCGACACUAAGCCGCAUUAAUGGUGGACUUUAUUCGCAGCUAUGUAAGGUUUGAUUUAAUGUGAUACAUCUGAACUUUUCGCCUGACGAUUUAGGAUGUCAUAUGAAAUAUCUCUAGUAUUAGCCGCAAGCCGUCUAGGCGCUUCAUCGAACACGAUUUUAGUUUCUGUUUGCAUUGGCCAUUGAGUUAAAAGUUCAAGUUUGCAAAGAUAAGAUUAGCCAAUUAAAUUAAAGUAAUUGACAAGAGAAUUCUCUGCAUCUUGAAGCACUUAAAGGCAUGGAAUGGUGUCUGGCGACCAGAUUAUAACUAGCGUGGAUUGUGACACUGAGCCGCAUUGAUUAUGGACUUUAUUUACAUUUAUGAAAGGUUUGAUUUAAUGUGAAACAUCUACACGCAAGGCGUUUAAAUGCUUUAGUGAAAACAUGAUUGUAAAAUCUAUUUGCAUGGAUUCAAGUUCAAUUUUGUUUGCAAACGUAAGAUUGCAAAUUCAAGUCAUUGAUAAGUCUGUCGUCUGCAUCCUCAAGCAUUUGAAGGCAGACCAUGUGGUGGUGUCUGGCGACCACAUUAUAACUACCGUGGAUUGUGAUACUGAGCCGCAUUGAUUAUAGACUUUAUUUACAUUUAUGAAAGGUUUGAUUUAAUGUGAAACAUCUAUACGCGGCGUUUAAAUGCUUUAGUGAAAACAUGAUUGCAAAUUCUAUUUGUAUUGAUUAAAUUUCAAUUUUACGCCAACAUUGACAAGCGGGAUUUGGACACUGGGCCACAUUGAUUGUGGAUUCUGUUAGAAGUGACGCAAGGUUGAUUUUGUAAUGUACAUUAUCAGGGCGCCUUGACGGCAUUACUUUACGCCGCGGACUGGACGCACGCAGCGCCGUUUCGCAAAACAGUCUCAUUCAAGUCUAUUUUUUGUUCGUGCCUCUCGAAACCGGGCCCCGCUCGUCGCGCUGGGGCCCCGUGCGUCCAGCCUUAUAUCGAAGCUCGUGCCCGUUCUUCAACUAGAUAGAAGAUAAGAUGUACUCGAAUUGAUCUCUUAUGGCAGUGACGAAGGGUUUAAUUUUCAAUGGUUUCAAUUAAAUUUAAAAUGUUAAUCACUUGUACGAAGAUAAUUAAUUUUCGGAAUUAUUGAUGUUGGAUUAACACAUUCACUGCCAAGAACACGUAUGCGUGUUAAUUUUGUACUGGAAACGGAACGCCCGACGCCGAAAGUGUUAAAGAAUACUUUCUGUUGCAAACUUAACUGAAGAAUUCAAUUUAAUAGUCAUGCACACGUAAGUAACUUUGAUCUUUAAAGUUAACAACAUCAGUUUUUGAGUGCAUUCUUCAAAAUGAACAUGCUACUGGAGGCCGCAUUUGUUUUAACUUUAAAUUACAAAACGUUAAUAUUUGAUUAGUUAAAAUUCAUUAUAAUAUUUAUUUACUACAGAACGGUAGCGAGUUUUAGUUUUUGUUCUUAGCAAGUAUUUUUUAUUUAUAACUUAAAUAAUUUUUAAAUAUAAUUCUAUAGGGUAAUUUUGUUUGUACAAUAUAAGAUUUUAGUAAUAUAUAGGGUUAAAGGUCAACUUUCUUUUAUCUGAAUAAGUUGUAUAUUUUACAGAAUAUUAAUAAAACUCUAUCGCUUGA